AUGUCACAGAAGCACCCACAGGGCUCUCGCGCGGCGCGACACUGUUCAAAAGUGUCCGCUCGCCAGGAGCAAAGGAGUUCCCCACACCGAAUUGAAUCUUCCCUGCCAAGACUGAAUCCAGCGAUGGGGCUGUCCCACUCGCCUCAGGGUCACUUAAGGUCUAGUCCCCGUUCUGUGCCGGGCUUGGUGGCAGGCCACUAUGCCGGAUGCAAAUUCUCAGAGCCUCCUCUGCCUUCGGCUCUGCCUCUGCCUCCCAAACACUGGAUGCAGACUAGUCGCUCUAUAAGGUUGCCAUUUCAUUCAAUUGCUACUGUGAUUGAUCACAGGGAUGUUACACAGCAGCUGAAGAUGCUGCUGAAGGUACAGGCUUGA